UAACACGUUUAGAGGUGUAGAGGGAACUACCAGACGGAAUGUGAUAUUUUUCAUAUCACAUCCAGGAGGGAAUGAGUGUCUAGCCUCGCAACGGACAGUGCUUGCGAACGCUGCAAAAGCAACAGCUGAAGGAGACAGCUGGAAGUGGAAUUAACCUAUGUUUGCCGAUUUGUGGCAACACUAGAUUUGAAUUUAUUUAUUUAAGUAUUGUGCCGGAAAACUGAUUUAAUGUAGGGUGGGGAGAACUAGCAAAGCUAUUUAUGAUACACUCGAAAUCACCGUAGUCGCCAUGUUGACAUCUCAAGAUGUGUGCACGAAAGUCUUCUGUCACCUACGUUCACAUAACCAAAUCAAUGUUUACUAAUGUGUACGCUCGAUAAAUACUGACUUAAAUCUUAAGAGAAAAUAUUUGCCAUGUCUCAAAAAACUAUGUGUGUGUCCCAAGAGGGCCCGGCAAAUGCUUUAGCUCUCAACAGGGAAAAUAAUCAAGUGGUAAUUGCUGGCAGAAAUGUGUUUAAGGUAUUUUCCAUAGAAGAGGAAGGUUUCAGUGAAAGCUGCAAUCUCAGAGUUGGGAAAAAUCUGAACCUUAAUUUCUCUUGCAAUGAUGUAGCUUGGAAUACUCUAGAGGAUUCUACAUUGGCCACUGCUGCUACAAAUGGUGCCGUUGUGUUAUGGAAUUUGGGAAAACCAUCUCGAUCCAAGCAACAGCAUGUCUUUAUGGACCAUAAGCGUACUGUAAACAAAGUUAGCUUUCAUCCAACCGAAGCACAUUGGCUCAUAUCAGGAUCUCAGGAUGGAACCAUGAAAUGCUUUGACAUUCGCAUGAGAGAGGCUACAAGGACUUUUAUGAGCAAUACUGAGAGUAUUCGAGAUGUUCAAUUCAGUCCCCACAAUUCACUAACAGCAUUUGCUGCUGUAUCAGAAAAUGGAAAUGUUCAGUUGUGGGAUGUAAGACGACCAGACAAAUGUACCCAUCAAUAUACUGCUCAUUCAGGACCUGUCUUUGCCUGUGAUUGGCAUCCUGAAUGCAAUUGGUUGGCGACUGCUAGCAGAGACAAAACAAUUAAGGUAUGGGAACUUUCUUUAGAGAAACCGGUAGUGGAAUAUACUAUUAGCACAAUAGCUUCUGUUGGACGAAUAAAAUGGCGUCCACAACGGAAGCAUCACAUUGCCAGCUGUGCCCUUGUUGUGGACUCAAGUAUCAACGUGUGGGAUAUUCGUCGACCAUACAUUCCAUUUGCUUCUUUCAAAGAACAUAAAGAUGUUGCUACAGGCCUGGCAUGGAGGGGAGAUCCACAAGUUUUCCUUUCUGUCAGCAGAGAUUGCACCUUGGUACACCAUGUAUUUAAAGAUGCCACUAGACCAGCUGAUCAAGCUAAUCCACAAGGAAUAUCUCUGAACCCGGCAGGUGAUGUAGCCUUUGCAAGUCGAAUCAGUACCAACAAUGUACCAUUCAGUGCCAAGCUACAAGGAUACUUAAGAAAAUCUCAUUUGACCAGUGAACAGUUCUGCCAGGCCACUAGCUCAAUGCACCUGUACUCAGUUAAAGCAGUCCGAGAGACACGGUGGUUUGUAGAAAGUGCCCGUCGCUAUAUUUUGAAUGGACGUUCUCUAGCUGAGAUGUGUGAUCAUAAUGCUGGAGUUGCCAGAGAACUUGGAAGGCAUCAGGUGAGCCUUGUGUGGAGUAUAAUCAAAACUCUGUACUGGAGUUCACGGGGAGGACCAGGGGACCCAAACCCUCCAUCUUCAGUUGCGGUAUCUGCAUCGUUACGUGAAGAAAAUUCAGCCUCUAAUGAAAUAACCACUGUAGGGACAGUGGCCAGCGCUGCAAUAGGAGAAUCUGAGCGAUCAGCAAGGAGUGGUGGUGGAGUGCUUGGAGUUUCAACAACGACAAAUGGAGAAGUCUCAGGAACAGGAGGAGCUGGCGAUGGUGGUGGUGAUCCUACUGAGGAAGAGCCUGAAAUUGAUGAAACCACAGAAAUAUUUCAAAAUGGGGUUCACUUUGGUCUUCCGUCCUUUUCAAAAGCACCAAUGACUCAGGGGGACUUUUUCUUUGGUGAUGGUGAGAUGGAUCCUUUGGACAUGGACACUGGCCUGGGUGUUGGUAACACAGUAGGUGUGGGAGGUGGCCUUCUCGGUGGAGUGGGUGCACCCAACGGAGGAAGUCAGGUGGGGCCUGCUGGAGGCCCAGCAGAUGAGUGGAUGCUACCUAGUGAAGCCUUUCCUCUACGGCAUGAGAUUCAAGACCGCUCUCCUCCCCCAGAGACAUUUCCAAAUCACUUGGAACCGAGUGAACAAGAGACUCAGACAGUUGCUGUAGAAGAACAACCAGCACCUCUUUUGAAUGUGUCUUCGCUUAUCACACCCUUGAUGUGGGACUGUGGACAUGUUGUGGCUGAUGCCUUGCGCCACCAUGCUUCGCUAGGAGAUGUCCAAAUGGCUGCCUCUGCGCUACUUGUGCUUGGUGAAAAAAGGAGAGGCUUGGGAAUCGAUGAAGCAACCCAGGAGCACUGGAUGCUUGGCUACAUUGAUGUGCUUGGUCAUCAUGAGCUGUAUAAUGUAGCCUCUCAGGUUAUUCAACUCUCCUGGCUACCAGAUGUGAAUCAGUUGAGUCAGCAGUCAACUACCUACUACACGUGUUGUGGAAAGUGUGAAAAACCAUUCCUAAGAACUGGUUGGUUGUGUGAUCGCUGUAAAAGUUCAGAGUCAUCACUAUGUGGUGUGUGUCAUCAGGUUGUAAAGGGAUUGUAUGCUUGGUGCCAAGGUUGUGCCCAUGGUGGGCAUAUCCAUCACAUACAGCAGUGGCUUCUUACCAAUAAGCAUUGCCCAUCAGGGUGUGGGCAUCUUUGUGAAUACAAUUAAGAUCCGUAACUAUCACUGUGCCUUUUAAGGAUAAUGUCCUCAAUAAGUGUGAUAAUUCUCAAUACGCUUAGCUUAGUAGUUUUAUUAAGACAAAUUUCUUAUUUUCAACAGUCACUCAUAAUUCUGUAAGCCAAGUGGCUUACAGAAAAUUAUGAAUGCUAAUGUUUCUUCUCAAUUUUAUUGAUCACCUUUAUACUGAAUAAGCUGAAGUUUAAUGGCUGUGAUAAAGUAGGCACUUCAAGAUUUUAAUAAGUGACGUUAAAAUUGAAGUGAGCAAAUGUGAUUUUUAUAUUGCUGGUUUAUAAAUGUAGCCAGAAGUACAUAGUAUGAAUACUUCUUCCAAAGCAAUAACAUUCUUUGUUAUAAGUAUGGGACUGACAUUAGUGAUUAUUGAAAUGAAGUGCUUUUAGACCCUCCUUUAGGAAAGAAUGAGUGUGGCAUCUGUUAACUAGUCAUCAAUCUUAAGGGAUUAAAUAGAUUUAGUAUUUAGUCUUUUGAAAAUAAAAGAUGAGGUUUUACCUGA